AAUACCCAGUCGUAUCCCUAGUUGGGGCUUGGAAGUUUGGCGUGAAGGGUUCCCUUCACGGUGCAUGGACGGAAAGCCAAUGCGUAGGUGUACCAGCACUCGACCAGGAGAGACUGGAAUGGACGUAACAAGCCGCUGCACUCUCGGAGACCCCAACAAGUUGCCAGAAGGGGUUCCCCAACCCGCUCGCAUGCCCUACGUCUCGGACAAGCACCCUCGACAAACUUUAGAAGUCAUCAACCUCCUGCGGAAGCACCGGGAGCUGUGCGAUGUGGUGUUGGUCGUAGGCGCCAAGAAGAUCUAUGCCCAUCGAGUCAUCCUGUCGGCCUGCAGCCCGUACUUUCGAGCCAUGUUUACAGGGGAGCUGGCGGAGAGCCGCCAGACCGAAGUAGUGAUCCGGGACAUUGAUGAAAGAGCCAUGGAGCUGCUGAUUGACUUUGCGUACACCUCGCAGAUCACGGUGGAAGAGGGCAACGUCCAAACUCUUCUGCCCGCUGCUUGUCUCCUCCAGUUGGCAGAAAUCCAGGAAGCCUGCUGUGAGUUCUUAAAGAGGCAACUAGACCCUUCCAACUGCCUGGGCAUCCGGGCGUUCGCCGACACACACUCGUGCCGGGAAUUGCUGAGAAUUGCGGACAAGUUCACCCAGCACAACUUUCAGGAGGUGAUGGAGAGCGAGGAGUUCAUGCUGCUUCCAGCCAAUCAGCUCAUUGAUAUCAUAUCCAGCGAUGAGCUGAAUGUUCGCAGCGAAGAGCAAGUUUUCAAUGCAGUGAUGGCGUGGGUCAAAUACAGUAUUCAAGAGAGGCGACCUCAGCUACCCCAGGUGCUGCAGCAUGUUCGUCUGCCUUUACUUAGCCCCAAGUUCCUGGUGGGGACAGUAGGCUCUGACCCUCUCAUUAAAAGUGAUGAAGAAUGCAGAGAUCUGGUGGAUGAAGCUAAAAACUAUCUGCUCCUGCCUCAAGAACGCCCACUAAUGCAAGGACCGAGGACCCGGCCACGCAAACCUAUUCGGUGUGGGGAAGUUCUCUUUGCAGUAGGUGGUUGGUGCAGUGGGGAUGCCAUCUCCAGCGUGGAGCGCUACGACCCGCAAACCAAUGAGUGGCGAAUGGUGGCUUCCAUGAGCAAAAGGCGCUGCGGAGUUGGAGUCAGUGUUCUCGAUGACCUUUUGUAUGCUGUCGGAGGUCACGACGGAUCUUCUUAUCUCAACAGUGUGGAAAGGUACGACCCGAAAACGAAUCAGUGGAGCAGCGACGUGGCUCCUACGAGCACCUGCCGAACCAGCGUGGGAGUGGCAGUUCUUGGAGGCUACCUCUAUGCUGUGGGCGGACAGGACGGAGUCUCCUGUCUCAACAUUGUGGAGAGGUAUGAUCCCAAGGAGAACAAGUGGACUCGAGUGGCUUCGAUGAGUACCAGGAGACUCGGCGUGGCCGUAGCGGUGUUGGGGGGUUUUUUAUAUGCGGUGGGGGGCUCCGAUGGGACAUCGCCUCUCAAUACAGUGGAACGCUACAAUCCCCAAGAGAACCGCUGGCACACAAUAGCCCCUAUGGGGACCCGGCGGAAGCAUCUCGGCUGUGCCGUGUACCAGGACAUGAUCUACGCGGUGGGAGGCAGAGAUGACACCACAGAGCUGAGCAGUGCCGAGAGAUACAACCCCAGAACCAACCAGUGGUCUCCAGUAGUGGCCAUGACAUCCCGCCGCAGUGGAGUUGGCCUGGCAGUAGUGAAUGGACAGCUCAUGGCAGUGGGAGGUUUUGAUGGCACUACUUAUUUGAAAACAAUUGAAGUUUUCGACCCCGAUGCUAACACAUGGAGGUUAUAUGGUGGAAUGAAUUAUCGCCGGCUGGGGGGUGGCGUAGGCGUGAUCAAAAUGACACAUUGCGAGUCCCAUAUAUGGUAAUCACGCAAUCAUGUAUAUACUUAGAUAUAUACUGGAGAGACGUGUCGACUUCGGGGCUGGGGAGCAGCUCAAGUAAAAACAUUAGUUCAAACUUUAUCCUUUGCCGGUGCCUCGUUACGUGGAAAUAUAAAUCCGGUGACUUCAAGAGAGCAUCUAGCGGAAGACCAAGUUGGUUUGACUCUUUUGAACUUCCUGCCACAUUGAAGCUUUGCUUAUGUUUGAAUUUUUUAAAUGCCUGUUUGCAUUCUGAGCAAAGAAAACCUCAUGCUACGCCAGCAUACCCGAGAUUCCAGAACCAGAAGCUGUAUCAGGAGGUUGGCAGCAAGGAACUUGGAACCCGUACCAAGUUGUAAUGAAGUGUUCACCCCCAUGGUGGAGACAGUGGCUGGGAGGUAGGCGAAAGUGGAAAAUGAUACUGAAAACAGUGCUCUCGCCUUAUUUGCAGAGAGCUUUAAAAAAAAGAAAUGCAGGAUGCCACCUCUGCCCAGCUUUUUUGACUGUGCAGAAAAAUAUUUAUUUUUUAAUUUGCUAUCAUGUAUUUUCCUCUGUACUCACACACAAAAAGCCCUCUCUUUGUUUUUUGUAAGGAAUCCAGUUGCAACGUGCUAAUGUGGAGCAAAGCUGUAACCUGAAUUGUUAUUUCUGUGCGCUGCAGGUUGGGGUUACUUUGGAUGAAUUCACAGCUCAGAGGAGAGUGGUAAAAGUGAUUGUCAAGCAAACAUUCACAAGCCAACUGUCUUGUUUUUAAGGAUCUAUAGGAAAUGGACUCGACAGUCUAAAAGAAACCAUCUUGCUUUGAAAAUGUCAGAUAGGAAUAAUGUUUUAUCCCAGAACUCUGCACUGAAUUUCAAACGUCACAGCUGUUACACGGGCAGUUUCCGUUUCCUCCACGGGAACAUGUACUGCUGAUAUUUUUAUUACUGUUUUUCUGCUUGAAUGAGAGUGGAGCUCUUAGUGCUUCCAAAGCCAGCGUGGACGUCUCUUGUUCUGUUCUGAGGACGCAGACAGGGACUUCUGUAACUCCAGAACUGUUCCCUACUCGGAAAUACUGAAAAGGAGAAACAGCUCUCUUCCAUUUUCUUUUUGUUACCAAGGGAUAUAGCAAAUAAAGGAGAGGUCCCUCAGUUGUGCAAUUCCUAACUCUCGCUGCUUAAAGCGAGAGGCUAAGGCUUUUGCCUCUAAGGGGCCUGCAAGAAGAGAGAUGCCGAGAUUCAUGUAACCUGCUACAAUGUAAUGAGUGUCAAACCACUCCAAGCAUUAUGCUAUAUCAGCAGCCUGGCUGUCUUGUCAAGCUACACACUUAUUCUCGUAGUCUAAGGGAUCACUCUUGGAAUUCAUCUCUCAAAAUGCACUUUCUAGGGAAGAGUUAAAACAUAGGCGUUGAAAAGGAAAAAUAUCCAUUUUCUUAUACGUUUUAUUCACACUCCAAUAUUUUAAUGUGCUUGGUAGCGAAGUCUUUGAGACUUUUUUUAAGGGAAAGAAAACCUUUUACUCCCCUCCAAGAAAAAAGGUUGGCAAUUCUUGUGUUUACAUUUGAAAAUCAUUUGCACCUUUACAAGAAAAAAAAAAUAUUCUGUAAACUAUCGUUUACAUGUAUCAUUUAUGCUUUUUUCUAGCAUGACUAACUUGUAAAAAUGUGUUUACCCUAAUAAAAUUCUUUAAUG